AAAAAUUUUUCACUUUAUUUUAUAUUUUUCCACAGGCGAGUUAUAAUUUGACGAGUAAUACCAUUAAACGCGUGAAAAUUUGUUAAAAAUUUAAAUAAUCUAUUAAAAUAAAUAAUAAAGUUUAUUGUAAAAUAAAUUAAAUGAAAAAUUAGCAAAAUAUUAAACAAAUAAAUAAGUUUAGCAAAAAAUCGGAAAUUUUUUACGCAACUUGCAGAACCUCCACCAACCAACCAGCACUCCAAGCAAACACACAUCACAUAUACAACAAAGUAAAAGAUAAAAUUAAAAAAAUAUAUAACCAUAAAAGCGUAUAAAGCAAAAAAUAUAAAAUUCAUCAUCAAGUUAAAGAAAAUCCAGAAAAUAAACGAGUCAUUUUACAUACAAAGCUUAAGCAAAUAAGAAAUGUUCUGCGACUGGUUACAAAAGUAAUUUUCCUGUUAUAAAGAAAAAAAUAUAAAAUUUUUAACUUUUAUUUUUAAAAGAAAAGUGCAGUGUUUUGUUUUAUUAUAUUGCUUAAAUUAAAUUUAUAAAAAUUUAUUUGCCAAAAUGGUACGUUUGAAACACUUGUAAAAAACCAAAAUUUGUUAACAAAAUUUGGAAAUUAUUAAUAAAAAAAUAUAAUAACUAAGAAUUUUCCGGCAAAUCAUAUUGAAACCUGCUAGCAGACAGACGUUUGCAUUAACAACAGCGGCAACUGAAUUUUUAAACCAAAACUUACAAAAAAACACAAUAAUCAAUAAUUACAAAAAAACUUAACAAAAUCAACUUUAACCAAUUUAAUUUUUUGUGCAUUUUCUUACUUCUUGUCAAGUGUUUGUUUGAAAAAAUCAUUCAAGAUGUCGCGUUUAAGUUUAAAAUUUAGUAGUAAUUUUAAUUCUAAUUUAAAGACUAUAAAGUUUAUGUGAUAUUGGUUGAUCAAGACCUUUUGACAGCUGUAAUAUAAAUUCACAACCAAAGAUUUAAAGCCACACAAGUUUCUUUAAAGAAACUUGCAAAAAACAGCACCAACACUCUCUUUACAUUAAAAUACCAAAUUAUUGAAAAUCUAUUAAAAAGUUUAUUAAAAAAUCAAUAAAAUUUUCUAAGCAAGAAAACACAAUUUGUAAAUUUAAAAAGAAAUUUGAUCCAGCAUUUAGCUAAAACUCCACAUAAUUUAAACGCAAGAUUUUUAACCAAGAGAGCAAAAAGUCUCCUUAAAAAGAGUACCAACCAAGAGAGAAUACAAGAGUAAUUUAAACACGAUCGUUGUAAGUCACGCUCCUUUAAUAAAUUGUAUUAAAAAGUGUUUAAAUCUUAAUAUAAAAAAAUCAGCGCACAAAUUUAAAAAGCAUUUAAAUUUAAAACUUUUUUUUAUAAAAAGAAAAAACUUUUUUUGUAAUUUUUGUAAAUUAAAACACCGUGUGAAGUUUUCUCUCCGUCGGCUGUUUUACACGAAAAAAGCAUCUAUAAGCAAUUGUUACUGCCUAAUGGCAAGUAGUUCGUUCAAUAAAACGAGACACAGGCGCAGACUGGCUGCGAUCUCGUUUCUAUCGAAUAUUUCAUUAGAUGGCACACAUCGGGAUACUAAAUUUGGAGCAACAAUUGGCAUCUGUGGCACAGGUGCAACAAAUAACGCAACGUCGGCAAGAUUACGUGCAGGUACUAGCACUGGUGGCAAAGGAAGAUUUGAAGGAGGCGUCAACGAAAACGUACUUACCGGCAGCGGUGGUGGCGGCGGAGGCGUUAGCGUCUGUACAACAAGUGGAGGAGGAGAAGAAGGAGGAUUUGAUAGUGGCAGCCAUAUUAAUAUUGUGGGAGUGGAAUUAUUCGGGCAUCAAUACAACAAUUGCAACAACAAUAAUCAUUCGCAGCAAUUCUAUCAAAAGGGUUUCUAUCAUCAACAGCAUCAGCAGCAACAUCAACAGCGCAAUGGCAGCAUUAGUGGACAAUCACAGCCGCCGCCACCAGCUGCAGGUAUACUACAACUGUCAGUUGGGCCCUUGGGUAUUGAUGAAAACCAUAUGGAUGUUUUGGUCUCUGGCAGUAUUGGAAGUGAUGAUGCCGGUAGUGCGGAUGGUGAUGGGCAUUUUAGUGAAACUGAAAAUAUGGGUUACAACUUGAUAAAUGCACAAACCGUUAACGCUAAAAGCGAUGGAGGUUACAAAGCAUUUGAUAAAGUAUCUAUGGCAGCAGCAAAAGCAGCAGCAGCAGCGGCACCAGUCUCAGCUACAGGUCAACAAACACCUGUAUCUGGUCAAGAGAAACGCAAUGCUAAAAGACCCAAUUCAAGCGGUCGUCAACAGGGCAAUGGCAAUACUAUUUGUAAUGGUAAAACUAAUAAUUAUCAAAGACAAUAUCAACACCAAAAUAACAAACAACAUCAAGCUCAAUGUCAGCUUCAAACAGCUGGCGGUAGUGGUGGCUCGGGUGCAGAAAGUGGCAGUGAUUCCGAUAGUGUUAAGAUACCAAUGAAGGUGUCCAGUAUGGGUGCUGGCAUUUUAAUGCCAUUGCGUGAAAGAACCUUUAGCAAUGGUGCAUGUGAUACCUCUGGUAUACAACCUAGAGCUAGACUUAAUACGGCACCCGGUAUGCGCGGUAGUGGUACAGCUUUAGCAGCAUUUGGUGCCAGUGGUGUUGGUGUUACAAAAAGACCUUAUAAUAUAAUAAGUUCCACGAUUUCUCAUAUAACAGAUGAUAGCAGCACGGAAAGUUUAACACCCGGCUCAUUUAGUAAUCGUGGCAGUAUAACAAAAUCAGUACAAAUCAACGAUUCUAAAGAUUUACGUUAUAUGAAUUCACAAGCACACAAACAGCAUCAAUAUAAAGAUGAACGUGUCGUUUUGGUAUCACGUAAGGUACCAUUUUUCAUAUUUUCAGCUUUGCCCUAUUAUAAGGGUAAAAAUGGCAGAGCUGAAUUACGCAAAGAGGGCCGUAGACGUAAUACUUCCGGUUCUCGUCCUUUAUCGGCUAUUAAUGAUGCUCCUUUUGAUCCAUUCGAUUUGUUGGGUAUUGAAAGAGGAGAAAGUGGCCAGGAUAUUUCUUAUGGUCAUUUGUUAAUACCCUCCCGUCAGUUUAGCAAAGAGGGUAAAAAACAUGCUGGCAAUACUACACUUUUGGACAAUCAAAUUGAAAUAACAAGUACGGCCGCUUUAAAGAAUCAUGGCAUUGCAAGGUGUUUUACUUAUGACAACAAUAAUCGUAAUAAUACAGCUAGUCCUUCGCCUGAUAUAAAACUUGAUUACGAAGAAUCUUUAGAGGGUAGCAGAAGUCUACAGCACUUACAAUAUUCUGCAAAUAUUUUAGAUGAUCCCGAGCUAAUAGCGGGCAAACAUCGUACUUUAUUAACAUUUACUUCAUAUAUGACUUCAGUUAUUGAUUAUGUUAGACCAUCGGAUUUGAAAAAGGAACUUAAUGAUAAAUUUAAAGAGAAAUUUCCUCAUAUACAAUUGACUUUAAGUAAAUUGAGGAGUAUUAAACGUGAAAUGCGUCGCAUUAAUAAAAUGGAUAAUCGCAUUGAUUUGGUUACUAUAUCCCAAGCUUAUGUGUAUUUUGAAAAAUUAAUUUUGGCCAAUUUGAUUAACAAAUCCAAUCGUAAAUUAUGUGCUGGUGCUUGUCUUUUACUCAGCGCCAAAAUGAAUGAUGUUAAGGGUGAUUUAUUGAAAAGUUUAAUAGAGAAAACUGAAAACGUCUUUCGUUUAAAUCGCAAAGAAUUAAUUUCUUCAGAAUUUGCUGUUUUAGUGGCUUUGGAAUUUAGUUUACAUGUUCCUAUGCAUGAGAUAUUACCCCACUAUCAACGUUUACUCUACGAAUCCUAGAAUUGGCCUAAACGCUUUGCCGAUAAGCGUUUUCUUUCGGCUGCUGCUAAUACCUCACGUUAUUAUUUACGUCGUUGUGCUAGCAGUAAAAAGUAAUUACUUAUAUUUUUUUUUUAUAUAAUUGUUUCUACAACGUUAGACAUUUUCUUAAAUUAUUUACUAAAAAACACAGAAACAGAAAUCUUAUGUAAAUACUUUUUUAUAUAUAUUUUUUGUCUAUAACUUUUAAACUUUAAACUUUUUAUACUGCUCUAAACAAACAACUUUUUUAUAUACCUAUAGUUUUUAACCACAAAUCUUAAUAAAUCCCAAGCUUUAUUUAAACAAAAUCUCAAAGUUUUACAAAAAAAAAAACUUUAUUUUGUUAAUCUACAACUCUUUUUAAGGAUUUUUCAUAAAAAUUUGAAAAAACAUUUUGAAAUUUUUUUUAAAUUUUCUUUUUAAAAUAUGAUUUCGUAAAUCUAUUACUUUUCGUAAGAAUAUUUCAUAUAAAAUUUCAAAUUUUUUUCAAAAUUUUAUUGAAAUUUCCGUUUUAAUAAGAGUUGUAAAGAUUUUGAAAUAAAGUGUUUAGUUAAUAUUAAAAAUUGCAAAAUUUUUUAUACAAAAAAGAAAGAAUUCAAAAUUGAAAAGUUUUUUAUACAAAAAAGACAAGAAAUUUAAUAUAAUUUUUAACAAAAUUAAACAAUUUUAUAAAUUCUUGGCAAAUAACUUAAAAUUUGUUUAUAAAGGAUAAAAUUUUUCUUUUGCAAAGUAAUUAACAUAAAAUACGAAAUUGUAAAUCGAUUCGAUUGAAAACUACUUUUGAAUUACAAAGUAUUUUAUAUACAAUACGAACUUUUUUAUUUUGGAAUCAAGCUAUAUGCUAGAAUAUAUGUUAUGAAUUAGUAUAAAUCUAUUAUAUAUAUAUAAAUUUGUAAAACAAAAGUCUCUACUUCAACCUGUUUUUAAAGUAGACAUAAUUAUCUUACUAAUUCGAAUUUUGCCGAAAGUCAUUACGAAAAUGUUCGAAUUUGUUUUUAGUACUUUGAAUGAUAUUCUUACGAAUCGAUUAACUUAAAAAUUACCACAAAUUAUUUAUAACUUUAAACUAAAAAUUGUCACUAUAAAUAAGACUAAAAACCAAAACCUUUAAAAAAUCACAAUUUGUGUGAUAUGAUGUAGAAUUUUAUAAAUUCUAAAGCAAAAUUAAUUGGCAAAUGAAUUGAAACUAAAAGAUUUUUUUAUUAAGAAUAAUCUAAACAACGAAUAUUCGAAAAGAAAAUCUCACCAUAAAUAAUUUUUUUGUAAAAACAAAACUUAAAAUUGUAAAGAUGUGGAAAUUGAUUGUUUUAUUUUUCAAAUCAAACAAUUUUCAAACUAAAACAAAUUUUGAAAUCGUUCACUUUUAGCGAUUUCAAAUUGUUUUAAAGAAAUUAGUUUUCUAGGUUUAUGGAAACUUUCAAAAGCCUGUGGAAAAAAAUACUAUGGAAAACUAGAGAAAUCUCUAUUUCUAUACUUUGUUGAGAUUUCUGAAGCUUUUAGCAUAUAAAUCAAUCAAGACAUAAAACACAAAUUGGGGAAAAUUGACAAAAAACUUGGCCACAGUUUAAAAUUGAACAACAAACGUUUAAGUAUUAAAAUUUUUUCUAAAAAGUUUUGAAAGUAGCUUAAUAAUUAAGACAAACUACAAUUAAUUAAGCAUUAAUUAAAAUAUAUAAAUAUUGUUUAAUCUAUAAGAGUAUUUGUAGCAAACAAAACUUUUUUUGAUAAAAAAAAAAAAAAAAAAAACACCUAAAACAACACAGUAUUAUUAAACUGUACGACAAGCUUAAUUAAAACAAAAUUUAAGAAAAAAUUUUAUAAAAACUUGAAAACAUCAAGCAAUCAGACCCUUCAUCUCAAAAAUCCACCUUUCAACAUGGUUAAACAUUGAGAUAAUGUUUCCAUUUUUAACUAAACAAACUAAAAUGGGAACAUAGCAAAUUAUUCUUGGAAAAAAAAAAAAAAAACAUUAAAUA